AAAAAAAAACGCAGUGUGUUUUGAAUGGGCUUUUAUUCUAUUAAGUGCGCACACUUAUUUGCACUCAUCGCCUCUAUCAUAUCAUAACAUGCAUAACAGAUUCUGAUCGAAUUAUUUCCCUACACUAUCCUCGCAGAGAUUGCACUCUCAGCAUGUCACUUGUUGUAUUGUUUAGAGGGAGCACCGUUGGUUUUUGCCGCAAUGGUCGUUAACCUCUGAAUGACCCCGUGUGUGUCGGAGCCCACGCCUCGGAUAGAGAGCUCCGCAGACAGGCAGUGCAACAGUUGCACCAGAGGAUGGCGCACCACGACAAUCCAAAAACACCCUGAGCUCGAGACUCCAGCCACGAGCGCACAACUGGAGGCGCGCGCCCUUUUCUCAUCCCACCCAGUAUUUCCUUCCGUGCACGAGUUUACCUCUGGAGGUCACCAAGCAGGAUUUACGACUGGUCAACAAAAAGCACGUGACACUCACGCCGUACCCCCAUAUUUGGGUGCCUACGUAAGAAGAGAAUCAAGUCCAUGUCCCACUCAUUUCCAUAAUUCAUCAUAAAUUGUGCAAGGGGUGCUAUAGGAGCGCGCUAAGAGCCACAAAUCAAGCACACAUGCUAUUUUACCUUUAAAUAAUAAAAACAACAAAACCUUGCACAACGAAGAGAAACUGGUGGAAAUUGUCAACAAAUGAGCUCCUAUUUUGUGAACUCAUUCUGCGGUCGCUAUCCCAAUGGCGCGGACUUCCAGUUACAUAAUUAUGGAGACCAUAAUACGGAAAACGAGCAAUACAGAGACUCCAGCACCGCCAUGCAUUCCAGCAGGUAUGGCUAUGGCUACAACGGGAUGGACCUAACAACAGUGGGGCGGACUGGUACCGGACACUUUGUGGGCACCGAGCAGCGGACACAGGGCUACUCUCCGAGUCACUCAGCGGCGACAACACCCUCCGUGGAGCCGGUAAGGUACUCCCAGUCCUCCAGCAGCACCGGGACCUCGUCUCUAUCGCCUCCACCUGACCCGUUACCGUGCUCCUCCUCGGUGGCCACCUCGUCUCCGGUCACCGACACUCAGUCUCAACAACACCGAGCCGUGAAGAACUCUCUAACGACCCCGUGCUCGAACUCCUCGACCGGAGGCACGCUGCUGCUCAACCGGGACUGUGUGUCCAAAGCUUCCCAACUCGAGGAGGAAAAGCCUGCAGGAAGCGCAGCAACAACUCCUCAGAAUAAUGGCACCGACUCCUCACAGCCUCAGAUAUAUCCGUGGAUGAGAAAACUACAUAUAAAUCAUGAUUUGUCAGGACCAGAGGGUAAGAGAGCCAGGACUGCUUACACCCGGUACCAGACCCUGGAGCUGGAGAAGGAGUUCCACUUCAACCGGUACCUGACCCGCAGGAGGAGGAUCGAGAUCGCCCACGCCCUCUGCCUCUCCGAGAGACAGAUCAAAAUCUGGUUUCAGAACCGCAGGAUGAAGUGGAAGAAAGACAACAAGCUGAAGAGCAUGAACAUGGCGGCUGCAGGCGGAGGAGGCUACAGGCCUUGAUAUUCACUCUACACCUGAUAGCGAGCACUAUAAAAAAAUAAAAAUUGUCAUAUCAACUUUCCUCCUAUUUCAAA